CGGUCCGGGAGGCCGGGGGGGAGUGUCCUAUUAGUAAACCAAAACGCCAGCCUACUUAGCUAUCAAAGAUGAUUGGCUCUGUCAGUGUGGCUAUUCUUCUGCUGGUUGCUACUGUGGGCGCAGCGGAGUCGCCGAGCAUUCCCUUCUCCCCUAUCCCCACCGUCCCUGAACCCGCCUCGACCCCCAGGGACACGUCGCAUGGCCUCGCAGGCUUCUACAGCCUGGCCAGAGGCAUCGUGGACACCAUCAGACCGGGAAAUCUGCCUCACGACACAGUGGGUGACUUGGCAGCAACGGUCAGCGACCAUGUCGGAUUGGACUGGGGGAUACCUCCGCCUGAUACGGACACCAGAGCCCUCGUCAACGAGUUCCUCCGGUGGCUGGCUCCAGCAAUAGCAGCAAUGGUCCUUGGUGUGUUGCUGGCGGUGUUAGUCCCCGUGGUUGGCUGCUGCACUCUCUGCUGCCGAGCCUGCGGCCGCUGUGGGGCAAAGUCGAGAAUGUAUCGAAAGAAGAACCAGAACGUCAAGUGUUUGAUACUCACCAGUAUCUUCCUGGUCACAACCUCCAUGAUUUUUGUUGGAGCGACCAUUGGUGCAGUUUCUGCAAAGCAUGUGACGGAAAGUCUGGGAGAGUUGGAGUCAACAGUCAACACUGCUCUGACUGAUGUGGGCAAUUACUUGGAUGGUGGAGCACAACAAGUGUUCUUCGUGGCUGAUGAUCAGUUUGGUGUGUUUGAGGCUCACGUGCUGAAUGAUAUCGACCAUAUUGGAGAGUGGUUCGAAUCGAGUAUUGGGAGCGAUUUCCAAUCCAGUGCCCUCACUAUUAUCAACCAAGCAUCUUCCCUCCUUUCAAAACUAAGGGAAAUUGAUGCUCUGGUGGUCAGUGGUAACACUCUCGUUGGAGAGCUUAGGAGCACAACGCAGGCCCUCAUCUCCCAGAUCUCUACUCUCAGAGGAGAUAUGGAUACUCUGAGAGUAGACUGCUUGGCCGACGGACUUGGUAGUGUGUGCGAUUCUCUCUCUUCAACCCACUUUGCCGUGACUGUCAACUUCACAAACAUUGAAGAUAUAGAAUUCAAUGAAGAUGUUAAUUUCACUUCCAUCAAGGAGGAAAUCGAUAUUGCUAAUGAUAUGUUCCAAAAUAUGGCCGAGUUCAUUGAUAGUGAAGCCAAGGAUUACGGGCUAAGUCAGAAAGCCGAGGAGGAGUUCUCUAGUACUCACAGUACACUCGAGUACGACUACCUCAAUGCCGUGAACGAGACCAUUCGAAAUAUUGUAUCCAGUGGAGGUCAUAUCGACAAUGCUCGUGAUGAAGUCCACGAUGCACUGAAGUACCUGGAUAAAUACGAAGCCGUUUGGAACGGAGUUGGAAUUCUACUGGCAUGCCUGUUUUUUCUGAUUGUCGUCGUCUUUGUUGUCGGAUCGUUCUGCGGGAGUUUUGGUUACAGUCGCGAGGCUCAGCCCAACAGUCGCAGCAGUGUCAGUAACUGUGGCGGUCGGUGUAUUCUAGGGGGAAUAUUCAUAGGGGUCGUGUCCAGUCCCGUGCUGCUGAUGACCGCCACUGUCAGCUUCGGUCUGGCCACCGGAGUCCAGAAGCUCUGCGAGGAUCUCCAGCCGCCCAACUACCCAGUACUGAGAGAG